AUGGAGGAUCUUCCCAUCGAGAUCUUGCGACAUAUCUGUUUUAUGAUCAAAACAGACUCCCCAGGCGAUCUUCCGCAGCUCAGAUUAACCAACAGACUGUGGAGUGACCUAGUGGCUCCAUUUUUGUUCGAAUCACUCAGAGUAAAAUUCCGAGACCUGGCUGGGCUUCAGGAGACCGCAUCUAAGGUUGAUCACGGCGGAAUAGGGCAGAAGUUUCUCAAAUAUGCCCGUAAACUGGAUGUGGUCUGCCUUUAUGAACCGUAUAUCCAGACCAAAAAGGGAAGGUGUCUCUGGCAGGCUAAAGACUGGGGGAUGGAGUUUGCCGACUACAUCCCGCCAGCUCACAGGGACACGUUCCUGGAGCACCAGCUCAGCGAAUCUAUGGACUCGGAUCUCAGAUUUCUGAAUCUGAGUGUUGAUUACUAUUCGGAGAAGGAGUGGCAGCCGCUCGUGUCGUUGAUCGCGCGUCUUGAGAACCUAGAAGAGCUGAACUACGCAGCACACAACAUGUUCCCUGCACCCAUUCAUCGGGUCAUCUGCCAGUAUCAUCCGAGGUGCAGGGUGAACAUCUGGUUCUUUCAGGACUUGAGCAUUGAUGUACCGGGCCGGGGAAUGCCUGAUCCUGGAUACAGAGCCUCAAUGGACGAUCCAUUUGAGAUUAGUAUACUCCGGUCCACAAGUCUCCAUACUUUUGCCGUGAAUUACUUCACCGCAAGCGAUCCUAAUGGAGGUCAAGGAUUUGUUCACCUCGACGAGCUUCUUCCCUUUAUCUGCAUGGGUCAAAACCUAAAGCGUUUAGCCAUACAGGCUAGCAUUGCAUCCAACGAUGGCUCUAUUUUGAAAAUCAAACAGGAAUGGAAAGACUUCUCUGCUGAUUUUAAGCCCGUCCCGGCAGCUUGUUUGGACUCACUCUCAUUGCAAUUCGGGUCUGGACACGGACCGUUGGAGGAGAUUCUGCUGAAACUAGAGAAUCUUGUCGACCUAUCUCGGCUCCGCUCAUUGGACAUGUCCGUUUACUCCAACCCGAGCUUGCUAACGCAAGCCGCUUCGCUGUUCCACAGCUUAGAUCGGCUGUUUAUUGACAUGGACCCAUGGGCCAAACGCAACGGAGACGUCAAUGCGGAUGACGAGGAGAUGGUAGCCGCAGUCCGAGCUUUUGCUCCGGUGAGGUUCCUGUGUCUGCGCGGCUUACGCAGGACUUCUUCCCUCGAUCCCAUCCUUCAGCACCAUGGCUCAUCACUGCAGGGCUUUGCGAUUGAGGCAUCGGAGGAAGGACGCCCAUGGAGGUCGCUGUACGACAACGGAUACAAGUACCCAGUUUUGGACAGUCAACAUAUUUCUCGGCUAGUAGACUGUUGCCCAAUCUUGCAGGAACUCCGGCUCCAGAUUAAGCGCCAAAGAGGCAAUCACCGGGAGUGCAACAUAUACAGAGCACUCGGUCGAUUCACACGGCUACACACCUUGAUCCUGGAUUUGCAUUGCGAUCCCAGACAGUCGCCCAUCAGUCCUGAAAUGGUCAGCACUGCUUGUUUACGAGAGACUCUCAUCAAUGCUGCGACGGAUGAAAGUCUCGCGAUGAGUAUUUGGGACCUCAUCGCGUCAAGUCAACCCAGUAAAAGACUGAGAAAGCUACGCAUCAUACCCUUCGGAGCAAACUUCUAUUCGAGGGAGGAGAAGCAUGUGAUCCGGCCACUGAGUCGUUCAUUUCUUCUCACCCGGCCCGAUUUCUACUGCCAAACAAAGCCGGAUGUGCGGGAGAUUGGGAAGGAAGCAUGGGAGUUAUGGCGAGAGGACGACAUUUUUGAAAACGGCCGUCUAGAUAUACCGCAGCAGAUCUAUGAUCUCCUGAAUGAGAUCUGGCCGUCCACGCGGGGGGUACAGAACAAACACUGGAACCAGUACUGGAAGAGCUUCCCUUUACAGACGGAUGUUUUGUGA